UACAGUCCCACACGCAGCAGACGAUGUAGGCAUUCGCAUUCUGAAAUACCGAUGGAGUGACUAACUUUACUUCAGGGGUCGCACAAGUUUGUGUACAUCUCCGUUCGUUUCAUGUUGUGUAUCAGUCGCUUUGCUUUUUCUAUCAACAGGCGGGCAAAUGUUGGAUCAAUGAUUUACCUUUGAGGAAUCUAGAAUUUUAGAAGAGAUCUGCAUCCAGAUAACUCGCUCAUACCGCCUCAUCAUUUUGGAUAUCAUCGAGUCUUUGUAAGAUGUAACCUAUGAUAGAGAAGUAAUUCGGCCAAGUAUGUAUCUUUAUGUGAUGCCAUUGCUCAGGCGUGCAUCAAUCAUUCCUUGGGAAAAUUAACGAGCCGUGAGGAAUUUCAGCGCAUCGUCUGCUAUUGCUCUUUUCCAGUCAUUAACUCUGAGCAGACGACAAAGCGAGCACCAAUUUUCUUCAUAACCGAACGCGGGAAUCCAGGGAGACGAGCCUAUGUUGACAGUCGCUUGACGAAGGGCGAAUAUACUAGGUGGUGGACAACUGAGAAUCUUAACCAAAUCUUAGAGAGUCGGAUAAACGAUGGGCGACUACAACUGGAGACAAAGCGCAGCUACCAGUGAUGGUGAUUACCGUUACCCUGGUUACAUGGAGGAGGAGGAGGAGCUGCCUCCCGUUCAGAUGGUCCAGGAGGAGCCGUCGGUGUUCCGGGUUGCUCUCCACUACUGCCUGACCAAUGGAGGCCUCAUCGUUUGUCUUAUCCUCUAUACGUGUCUGGGAGCAUUGGUGUUCCAGGCGCUGGAGGGGCCCGCCGAAGCCAAUGCAGUGGAGAACCUCCGACUCGAACGCUUCGACUACAGGAGUGUCCUGAUUGAUAAGCUACUAAACAUCACUCAUUGGGCCCAAGAAGAUGAGGACCAGUGGUGGAGGAGGGCUAGCAGACACCUCAAGGCGUAUGAGGAUGAACUGGGCGUGGCCGUGCUUCAUUCAGAGUUCAGUUCAAAAUGGAACUUCUACGGCUCCAUGUUCUUUGCUACCACGAUCCUGACGACUAUCGGUUAUGGUAACAUCGCACCCAAGACGGUCGGUGGGCGUGUCUUCUGCAUCUUCUAUGGCGUCUUCGGUAUCGCCCUCCUCCUCAUUAUCCUGGCCAGCAUUGGGACCCUGCUCGCCCAGGGCGCCACCCUCACCUACCGCCGUAUGCAUACCAUGGUCCAGAGCGUCAAGGGAGAGGAACCCGAGGACGACAUGCUCUACCAGCGUGAUCGACGGUCUCAGGAGAUCAUCGAUGAAAUUUGGUCGCCUCCGCCCGAGGUUCCAAAGGAUGGUGAGACGCUAGCGAUGCACAAGGUUGAUCUGCAGGAAAGUGGGAAGAAGGGCAAGAAGGGUGGGCGGAAGAUGGGCGGUGCCAUCAGAGGGGGUGAGCAAGUCCAGCCAGAGGAGCCGCAGAUACCCCUCGUGGGGAUUCUCAUAUUUGCGUUCUUGUACGUGUGUCUCCUGGCGCUGUUGAUGCAGGCGUGGGAGUCGCGGUGGAACUACUUCGAAGCGUUCUACUUCUCCUUCAUCACCCUCACCACCAUCGGGUUCGGAGACUUGGUGCCAGAGGAUCAGAAGCAGUUAGUCGCAUCCAUGUUCUUCAUCCUCCUCGGCAUGGCCAUCAUGUCCAUGUGUAUCGCCCUCGCUCAGGAGAUGAUCAUUCAGAAGGUGGCGUGGUUGAGCGAUAAGAUCAGCGUCGUCGUCGCUGGCAACAAGCGGACCAACGUCGAAGAGGAAUCCGAAUCAUAGUCGACGAAGACCGUUCCGAUAGUUUUUAAGAAUGUCGAUAACAUGACGACAGUAUCAUAGAUUCGAACACUAAUCGUCUAAAUGUGUGAUGAUUGAAUGCCGAUGCAUAGUGAAGUUGUUUUAGCUAUUUGAAUGGGUUGGCCGUCGAAUAAAAUAUUGUCAAUGCACUUGCCGAAAUUUUUCCAACAAGGAAAACAAAUCGUAAAACCUAAAUUAAAAAAUAUAUCAAUAAAAGAUUUCCAUUUUCUUUUGCUGAUAACUAUUUUCGACAAAAGUUUGAUAUUUGAUGACGGAGAUUUUGAAUAGGGCUAUAACACCCAAAUAUUGAUUGUAAUUAUAUGUAUGUAUGUAUAUACUUGAUAUUGUUGUUAAUUAAUUAAACAACUACAUCCGAACAUUACAUUUUUCAACUUUCAUACCAAUAAUCAAUUUGAAUAUUUGUUGUUGUAAAAAGAACAUAGAUUAGUUUUCAAAUAUAUGUAUGAGCAGAUUAGGGAAUAUUUCAAAGUAACACAGAUGAAAAUAAUGGGCUUCUUCUCAUUUUUUCAAUGACACACCUUCAUAAUAAUUAAUAAGUAUCUGGCUUGCAAGAUAGUAAUGC